GGUAUCUGUGUCUAUAGAAAAAAACGGUCAUUAUCGUAACUGCAUUCCUGAGCGAUUUAACAGAGCAUGCGCUCCACGCAUUAUUCGAGAAAAACGUCAUGCAAAAUAUGAAAGAAACGAACAAAAGAAUCAGUUCUUGAUACGACGUUGUCACAAGAACCAACAUGAACGUUGGUCGAGUUUGGCAAGUGGAAUAUGCUUGCGGAUGGAAUUUCUACACCAUGAAAUUCAUUGGGAUUUGGCCAGAGGAAAGAAGCUUCGAUCGAAUCUCGAGCUACAAAGUGUUAAUAGGGAUUGCAUUCAUCAUCUUGUUCUGCACCUUACCUCAAUCGAUAAUGAUAUAUCUCCAUCGAGACGACUUCGACAUGGUUAUGGAAAACCUAUCUCUGGACAACAUGAAUGGAACGAUCGCAUUCAUAAAGAUGACAUGCUUCUGGUCCAGCGGAGGACAUAUCAAGGAUCUUCUUACCGCAAUGGGGGAAGACUGGAAGGAAGUGACAACGAAGGAAGACGAAAAAAAAAUGAUGAAACAAGCGAAAUUUAGUAGGAAUUUAGCUACGAGAGCAAUCGCUUUCUCUUACUUUCUUAUCGCGGUUUACACUACGACAAGAUGUUUAUCGAUGCGUACCGACCGUAGUCUUCUACUUCUCCCGGCCUAUUUUCCGUACGAGACAAUGACGAGUCCAAUAUUCGAAUUAACGUUCAUUUGUCAAAUAAUUGGUUUGGUUUAUUAUACCACAGCGUACACAGCAGUGGAUACUUUUCUAGCCAUGUUGAUCCUUCACGUGUGUGAACAACUUUCGAGACUACGAAACGAUCUGAUCUAUUUGAACAGCAAUACGAAAGAACACGACUUUCAAAUGCAAUUAAAUUACAUCGUGGAAAGGCACAACGAUUUGAACAGAUUCGUCGAUACGAUAGAAAAACGAUUCAACGUAAUGCUACUCUUCGAAAUACUUGGUUGCACCUUGCAAUUGUGCAUGGAAUGUUUUCACGGACUUAUGUUAAUGGUCGAUGAUGGAGAAAAAAUGCCCCUACUAGAGAUCUUCUUUUUUACUUUUUACAUCGUCUACGUUCUACUUCAAUUAUACCUCUACUGCUACGUCGGAGAAAAACUUUGGUUCGAGAGUAGCGAACUUGCUCGUGCCGCUUACGAAUGUAAAUGGUACGAAUUAUUACCGAACGAGGCUCGAACCCUACUAUUGAUAAUCCAUCGAUCACGAUCACCUUUGCGUCUCACGGCAGGCAAAUUCUGUAUUUUGAAUCACGAACUUUACAGCUCCGUUUUGAAAACAUCGAUGAGCUAUCUGUCUGUUUUGCGUGCAACAAUAACGAAGGACGAAUAAUACAUUCGAUUUAAUUCAUAAUUCAGUAGUGUAGCAUUGAAUAUAUUCGAACAAAAAAUAUCGAAGUUAUACGACGUUAUAUUUGUUACUUCAUUCGAGAAUUCAUUAAAUCA